AACCAACAGAGACUUUUGGAAAUCCAAUUGACGACUAGAAAGCGGACCAGUUCCGGAAUCACACGCUAGUAUGUCUUCGAACUGAGAGGUCAUUUAUGAAACAUGUCUCGUUCACAAUUUGUUUUACUGUGCAGAAAAGUCCUCACAAAUCAUAUGAGGAGAUGUGCUCGAUGGGAUCAGUCCAGUGCGGCCAAUGCAGCCAAGGUGACCCUGAACCAGUUAAGUGACCACUUGGAGGACCAAAUUAUGAUAAAGACCAUCAGUAGAUCAAGCUUUGUUUUACACAAUGAGAACAUCAGGAUUAUAGGACCCACUGUGUUCUUCCCAAGAGAGGUUCUACAUUGGAAUGUUAGGGGUAUAGAAGAUAUAAAUGAAGCCUCUUUGUCCUUGUUUACUCUUAUUGAUCCAAAAGUUGACAUCCUCUUGAUUGGAGUGGGCACUCACAUGGAGAGACUGAGUCCGGAGGCUUUGAAAUAUCUGAGAGUCAACAAAAUUAAUUUUGAUGUUCUACCUACAGAAAAAGCAUGUGCAUUGUUCAACUUCCUGAAUGCGGAACAGCGUCAAGUUGCUGCAGCGGUGAUACCUCCCACGGUAAUUGACGAUGACAUGCUUAUGCCAGUAGAUGACGAUCUGAUCACCUUUGAUCCCAAUGUGGACAUGUUUGGUGAGGAUCCCGAUGUUAUUGCACAAGACGAAGACUUGGAUUUGAGGACCCCCGGAGAAAAACUCCGAGAAACAGCCACGGGUGUGAGACUGAUGAUUGAUAAACGAAAAAAUGCGGAAAAAUUAAAGGAUAUGCCACAACCUGAUGUGCCGGACAUCCAGGAUAUUGUUUACAAAGUCAUGGAUGAAGUGGAGAAGGAGUCGGCCGAGGAACGCGCACGGAGAGAAGAAGGGAAGGCGGAGCAAGGAGAGGAGGCUAGGAUAGAGGAUGGAGAGAAGACAGGAGAAAUAGGGUCAGAGGAGGAGGCAAAGGGGCCCAAGAGAGGGGACAGUGAAAGGACUGGACAGAGUAAAGCUAGUGAGGAUAAAUCGGGGGAUAAUUCAAAAGAUGUGAGAAACACAGACGAUAGUGAAACCAAAACAGAUGACCCCAAAUCCUGAGAUUUACUCAGUUAUAAAGAGUGUAUGAAAUCUGAAAUGCCCCAACAGACAUUUGCUGUGCUUGCAGAAAUGUACCUCUUAAUUUUCAUGUUCAUAAAAUGUUUCAGAAAAACAAAAUUUGGUUUCUUAGUAGAGUGUAUCUGUAGCAUCUAAUGCAAUAACUGCUUUGUGAUAGAGGUAUAUAUGUAUGUAGAAAUGAGAAAAAGGACCUGUUAGAGUUAAAAAAGUGACAGUCCACCAAUGCCAUCUUCAGAAGUUUAUGUAACAAGUUAUUUGAUAAAAGUAUGCAUCUACAUAUAACAACAAUGCAUGCUUUAUAACAGAUAUUAAAGUUCUCUAAAAUACUGAGAUGUUUUACCGGGUAAUACUGUCCAAAUAAUAUUUUAAUUUGAUCGUUAAUUGAUAUUAAUAACUUGGGGAGAAAAUUUGAAUUUCAUAGAAUGUGAAAUAUUUUUUAUUCAUUAAAAGAGUGUGAUAUUGAAUGUUGAAA